GUAUUAAUGAAGGUGUGAAAGUUGCCUGUUUAAUGUGUUGGGCUGUUAAAGUUAGCCAUGGUUUCUCUUGAAGUAUUUCAGGAGCAGUUCCAUAAGUUGAAAGAGGUUGAGGAGGGAAAGGAUCAACUCAUUGGGAAACUGUUUGCCCGCAUCAACGAGUUGGAAAGUGGUCUGACGGAGACGAAGUUACAUCUUGAGAGAGAACAGGAUACUGCGAAAUUAUACCAGUCGAAACUCUCUGAUGUUCAGGUGAAUCUUGCGAGAAUCGAAGAGAGAAUUGAUUCCAAUAGUUAUGUGUCGGUUCUCAUUGAUGGUGAUUGCAUGACGUUUUGCGAUGAUCUCAUCAAAUCCUCUCAGCAAGGAGGGCUAGAGACAGUCCAUCGCCUAAGAACAAAAGUGGGCGAUUAUCUUUCAACGGAGCUUGAGUUACCAAGCCAGAUUUCAAUCCGCAUUCGAGUGUAUGCAAAUAAGAAAGGCUUGGCAUUGGCCUACAGUAACAAUGAAAUCAUAGGUAAUGCAGAUGAUUUUGAUAUGUUUGUUCGCGGUUUCAAUAUGGGACACCCCAUGUGCGAUUUUGUGGAUGCAGGUGAUGGUAAGGAGUGUGCGGAUUCGAAGCUGAAAGAACGUUUCACGCACGAUAUGGCUGAUGUCCAAUGCCGAGCGGUUAUCUUUGGUGGUUCAGCAGAUAAUGGCUACGCGCGAAUUCUCCAGCCAUAUGUAGGAAAUGUUGCAAAGAGUAAUCGACUUGUCUUGCUUGAAGGGCCUCCAUUUGCUAAAGAAUUAGCAAUAAUGAAGGAAAAUUUCCUCGUUGCUCGCUUCCCGGGUGUGUUCAGAAACACAAAGUUAUCAGUUCGGCGAGUAUCAUUACCAACCACACCUCCUAGAAGUUCCACCCCAGAUACGCCCAGCUAUGCUACAAGAAUGCUGAGUAAUGUCGUUUCGGAUGCUGUGAGUAUGGAGGAAAGCAGCGAUUCUUCAGUGGCUAUUCCGGCACGAACUAAGUAUGCAGUACUUCACAAUCGCAAAGGACAGCGUCUCGAUGCCAUCAUUUCCCCGCCUUCAUCACUCGUUACUUUGAUGAGAAACACAAAACAUUGCAACAUGUUUCAUAUUUUUGGAGAAUGUCCGUAUAAGAAGUGUAAUUUCUUGCACGGGAUAAGGCUUGACGAAAAAGCAAUCGACGCUCGACGAUUCAUCUCACGCUUCAAACCAUGUCCCUCCAAGUUGAAUUGCGAAGAUGAAAAUUGUUUAUCGGGGCAUCAAUGUCCUGACAAGGCGUGUGCAAGAAUUGGAAAAGGCUGCAAAUUCAGCAAGGACAUGCAUAACGUUGAUAGAUCUUAAGAGGACUAUAGUGGUGGCGUGGACGUGUUGGUUCGUUAGGAUCUGGGAGAUGAGGUAAUAUACUCACUCGUGUUUUGCGUACUAGGCAGUAUUGGAGGUCUCGAGUUUGAUAUUCUUCAUAUACUCGAGUAAGGUUCAACAAAGCUUGAGAAGGGACGAUUGUGCUUUAUUCAUUCAUUGGUUUCCGCAUAAGUACAAACGAAUAGAUCGAACAAUCAAUCAAUCAAUCAAUCAAUAUCGUACUUGCCCAGGUUGUGCAGGUGCAGGUGUGUCGUGAAAGCUAAUGAG